AUCUUUCCCCUUCUAUACAUACACGGGCGCAGUCACUGCAAUAAACCAGCACUUAAUCAACAAACAUGCCACCCUACACCAUAACAUACUUUGCUGUGAGAGGACGAUGUGGUGCUCUGCGGAUCAUGCUGUCUGACCAGGGUCAGGAGUGGAAGGAAGUUGUGGUGAGCUUUGAUGAGUGGACGAAGGGAGACCUGAAGAAAACCUGUGUUUUCGGACAGUUGCCUAAGUUCCAGGAUGGUGACUUUGUUUUGUUUCAGUCAAAUACCUUUUUGAGGCAUUUGGGACGCAAACAUGGUGCAUACGGGAAGAAUGACAACGAAGCCGCCCUGAUCGAUAUGUUUAACGAUGGAGUUGAAGAUCUUCGUAAUAAAUACGUGAAAAUGAUCUACCAGGACUAUGACACUGGCAAAGAUGCAUACAUCAAGGACCUGCCGAACCACCUCUGUAAGUUUGAGGCCGUUCUGGCGAAGAGCAAAAGUGGUUUCCUCGUCGGUGACUCGAUCUCCUUUGCAGACUACAGUCUCUUUGAAGUGUUGCUGAACCACCAGGUGCUGAGCCCAAACUGUCUGGACUCCUUCCCCGCCCUGAAAGGCUUUGUGCAGAAGCUGUCCAGCCGUCCCAAAAUCAAGGCUUUCCUCGACUCUGAUGCCUACAAGAGCCUGCCUAUCAAUGGCAAUGGCAAGCAGUAAUACAGCUGUGCAUUAAUGCUGAAUCUAGAUAGAUCCACUCUCAAACUUUUGUUGUAAAACUAACUGUUUAGCACAGCAUUCCAAUUAUUUUUAUUUUUAUUUUUUUUUGUAUGUGGAUAAAAUUUUUUUCUAAGAUCCAAUGUUUGGUACUCUUGUUCCCUGACAUGCAUCAUUUAUUGAAAAUAAUAAAAAAAAAAAGAUUAACCAAUACAUAA